AUGUCGAGAUCAUCCAGAAGGAAUGGGACAAGUGCAUCGUCAGCAUCUGAAAAGGGCAGCAGCAUUCAGAGUACGGUGCGGUUUCUCACGUUGAAUACGUGGGGGCUCAAGUACGUGUCAAAGUUCCGGCAGGAGCGGUUGUGCGCGAUUGCGGACAAGCUCGCGGGCUAUGAUAACUUCUUGCAACUUGUGGACUACCGGGAUGUAUCGGACAGCAACUACACGCCCGAGGAGGAUGCGGACGAGUACGACGUGGUGGCCUUGCAGGAGGUAUGGUGCAAGAAAGACUGGGACUACAUCGUGGACCGCUGCAAGGGGCGGUACCCGUACCAUCGCUGGUUCCUCUCGGGCAUCGUGGCCGGGCCUGGGUUGGCGAUUCUCUCGAAGAUCCCGAUCGAGUCGACGUUCCUCUACCGGUUUCCAAUCAACGGGCGGCCGAGCGCCUUCUGGCGCGGGGACUGGUACGUGGGCAAGUCGGUGUCCAUCACGCUCUUGCGGCCGACGGGGCCUAACGCGGCCCCACUCUGCAUCAUGAAUAGCCACAUGCACGCGCCGUAUGGGCUCGACGGUGACGAGGCGUACGAGUGCCACCGGGCCUGUCAGGCAUGGGACUUUAGUAGGUUGGCAUCUGUGUACCGCAAAAGCGGCUACGCCGUCGUCAUCGUGGGCGACUUGAACUCCCGACCUGGAUCGCUUCCCUACAAGCUCUUGACGCACGAGACAGGCUUGGAGGACUCCUGGGAGCAGCUGAACGGCGAGCAGGACCUCCAGUACAUCGCACGGCUACUCCCUAUGGACCAGAUCAAGUACGGCGGCGUCACCUGCAACUCCACCUUGAACACAUGGCGCGCCGACAGAGGUCCACAGGAGGCCUGUCGGCUUGACUACGCGCUCGUGGACCCAGACCGCCUUGAAACCAUCAAGGCCAGCGUCCGCUUUACAGAGCGCAUUCCAAACGUGGGCAGCUUCUCAGACCACUUCGGCUACAGCUGCACCUUCCGCGUACUCGCGGGCGGCGCAGCCCCGCGCGCGCCGACGCGCGAGGAGCUCCUCGCCCGCAUUACCGCCCACGAAGACCUCCUCCAGCUCAUUUACACCUACAUGUCUACGGCGCGCUGGCAGCAAGUCUGGCGCGCGGGGCACUUCUGGAUCUCUGUUAUCAUCGUCGCGGCGACCACUGUUAUCACGGCGAUAACCUCCACUAUUGCUGGCUGGAGCUCUAUCUUUUGGCUCUUGUUUGCCGUCUUUGUCGCCACAACCGGCCUCAUCAACGGCCUCAUAAGCUUUCUCUUCGGCAACUCCGAAAUCCGCGCACUUGAAGAAGUGGGACAGGAGGUCCGCGACUCCAAGCGCGCUAUCCAAACCAGCGUGGAGAGUGAGUUCUAG